AUGUCCAUCGUUAUCAAAGAACCUCGUACUGUUGUCAGAAAGUUUCUGGCCCGGCCUCAACGUGAAGGAGUUGGAGCUACUGUUAGAAGAAGCAUUGGAAGGUUUGAGCUGAAAUAUUUUGACCCUUUUCUUGUUUUGGAUGAAUUUUCAGUGUCUGCUCCUGCUGGAUUUCCUGAUCAUCCACAUAGAGGAUUUGAAACAGUCACCUACAUGUUGCAGGGAGCAGUGACACAUGAAGACUUUGAGGGACACAAAGGUACAAUAGAAGCUGGUGAUUUGCAAUGGAUGACUGCUGGAAGAGGAAUAGUUCACUCAGAAAUGCCUGCUGGCCAGGGAACUCAAAAGGGCUUGCAGUUGUGGAUAAAUCUCUCCUCCAAAGAUAAAAUGAUCGAACCAAGGUAUCAAGAAAUAACAAGCAAGGACAUUUCAGAAGCUGCAAAAGAUGGGAUCAAGGUCAGGAUAAUAGCAGGAGAGGCACUGGGAAUGAAGUCACCAGUUUACACUAGGACCCCAACUAUGUACCUAGAUUUCACUCUCAAUCCAGGGUCUCAUAUUCAGCAACCUAUACCAGUAUCUUGGAAUGCAUUUGUGUACAUAUUGGAAGGGGAGGGUAUAUUUGGAAACUCAAGAUCUUCGCCGAUAACAGCUCAUCAUCUUCUUCUUCUUGGUGGCUCUGGCGAUGGCCUCGAGGCAUGGAAUAAGUCAUCUAAGUCACUCAGAUUCAUUUUGGUUGGAGGUGAACCACUGGGUGAACCUGUUGUGCAGUUUGGACCUUUUGUGAUGAACAGUCAAGAAGAAAUUGACCAAACUGUUGAAGAUUAUGAGAAUUGCACUAAUGGAUUUGAGAAAGCUAGACAAUGGAAAUCUGAAUCCACCACUGUUUUCGGUUCCUAG